CAAUGGCGUCAUCAGAGCCACCCGUUCCCAUAGCAACCACGGCGCUCCCUCUUCCCGCCAAAACAACAGUCGAAGCUGCUGUAGCGGCGGAAGCAACAACUGUACAUGACCUUGACUCAUCAGGGUGGACCAUGGGAUAUCGGGGAGCAACAGCAGACGACGAUACCAUCACAGUCGUGGCAGGGUCGAUUCUGGGCUGCGUCGUCCUGUUGAUUGCAAUCCUGGUCUGCGUACUUCUGUAUAAAAGGCGGAAGAUGAUUGGUUCGCCGGAGACAGAGGCUGAUCACCGAUAUGACAACGUCAUCAGUUACAGCCGGGUUCUAGAGGAGUCAACUUUGGACCAAUCAGAAGACGGCAAUCUGGAAUGGAACAAUUUUUAUGAGUCUGUCGAGGGGAGAGGUAACGGAGCCGAGUAUGCCUGUAUCCAGGACAACAAAGAGGACAACGAGAAGUUGGAGGUGGAAAAUGAUCUGUAUCAAUCUUCUGGCAUAUAAAGACAUUUCUAUCAAAUAUUUGUGAAUCCAUGGUCAAUCUUCUAGUAUAUAAAAAUAUU